AACGCUGCCUGUCUGGAUGAGAUGUGAUGCUUUGCAUCGUCUGUUCCUCUGCUUUUCCCACAUCUUUUCCUCGCUCCUCGAAUUCCGGUAGCCCGCGGACUCUGUCCCCGUCACCAUGGGGGCUCGUUUCGGGGACGAGGUGCCGGCCCGCGGCGCGGGAGGCGCUGUCCGCGGAAGUCGGCAAGGUGGGCCCCCGGGGGCCCAACGGAUCUACAAACAGUCAAUGGCACAGAGGGCCCGCACCAUGGCGCUGUACAACCCCAUCCCGGUGCGGCAGAACUGCUUAACGCUCAACCGUUCCCUCUUCCUCUUCAGCGAAGACAACGUGGUGAGGAAAUACGCCAAAAAAAUCACCGAAUGGCCUCCUUUUGAAUACAUGAUUUUAGCAACCAUCAUAGCAAAUUGCAUUGUCUUGGCAAUGGAGCAGCAUCUGCCAGAGGGAGACAAGACCCCAAUGUCAGAGCGCCUGGAUGAUACUGAACCGUAUUUCAUCGGAAUUUUCUGCUUUGAAACUGGAAUUAAAAUCAUUGCCUUGGGGUUUGCAUUUCACAAAGGAUCCUACUUACGCAAUGGCUGGAAUAUGAUGGAUUUUGUGGUCGUGCUGACAGGUAUCAUAGCAUCUACCGGGCCGGAGUUUGACUUGCGAACCCUUCGAGCAGUGCGUGUCUUAAGACCUCUAAAACUGGUAUCGGGAAUCCCAAGUUUACAAGUGGUUCUGAAGUCCAUCAUGAAAGCCAUGAUUCCCCUGCUCCAGAUUGGGCUGCUGCUGUUCUUUGCUAUUCUCAUCUUUGCUAUCAUUGGGCUUGACUUUUAUAUUGGAAAAUUUCACAGUUCCUGUUAUGAAACCUACGGAGAUGAAAUGAAGGUGGAGGGCCUGUGUGGGAAUGACUCAUCAUCGCGAAGGUGCCCCAAUGGGACCUCAUGCUAUGACAGGUGGGAGGGACCCAAUAAUGGCAUCACACAGUUUGACAACAUCCUGUUUGCAGUACUCACUGUAUUUCAAUGUAUCACUAUGGAGGGCUGGACAGAUAUUUUAUACCAUAGUAAUGAUGUGUUUGGCAGUGCCUGGAACUGGCUGUACUUUAUUCCCCUUAUCAUCAUUGGCUCCUUCUUUAUGCUUAACCUAGUUCUGGGUGUCCUUUCUGGGGAGUUCGCCAAAGAGAGAGAGCGUGUAGAGAACCGGAGGGCAUUCAUGAAACUGAGGAGACAGCAGCAGAUUGAAAGGGAGUUAAAUGGCUACAUGGAAUGGAUAUCCAAAGCAGAGGAAGUAAUUCUUGCAGAAGAUGACAGUGAUGUUGAAAGACUUCCAUACGAUGGAACCCUGCGGAGACCCACAAUCAAGAAAAACAAAUUGGAGCUGCUGAAUGCUGAUGAGGGAGAGGAGCCCAUAGGAGAUAUAUCUUCAGUGGGCUCCCCCUUCGCCCGUGCCAGUAUUAAAAGUGCCAAGAUGGAGAAUUCCUCAUACUUACACAAAAACGAACGGCGCUUACGUUUCUACAUUCGGCGUAUGGUGAAGACUCAGGCUUUUUACUGGGUGGUUUUAGGCCUCGUAGCUCUAAACACGCUGUGCGUGGCGAUUGUGCACUACGGCCAGCCUGAACAGCUAACUAAUUUUCUCUACUAUGCAGAAUUCAUUUUCCUUGGGCUCUUUAUGUCCGAAAUGUUUAUAAAAAUGUACGGUCUUGGAACCAGGCCUUAUUUUCAUUCAUCGUUUAACUGCUUUGACUGUGCCGUUAUCACUGGGAGCAUAUUUGAGGUCAUUUGGGCAAUGGUGAAGCCUGGAACCUCUUUUGGGAUCAGCGUCUUAAGAGCCCUCCGCUUGCUGCGCAUUUUCAAGGUUACUAAAUAUUGGGCAUCUCUCCGUAACCUGGUGAUCUCCCUCCUGAGCUCAAUGAAAUCCAUCAUCAGCUUGCUAUUCCUGCUCUUCCUUUUCAUUGUGGUCUUUGCCUUACUGGGGAUGCAGCUGUUUGGUGGACAGUUUAACUUUGAUGACAAAACCCCCUCUACAAACUUUGAUAACUUUCCUGCAGCAAUAAUGACUGUGUUCCAGAUAUUGACUGGGGAGGACUGGAAUGAAGUAAUGUACGAUGGCAUCAAGUCUCAGGGUGGAGUCAAAAAGGGCAUGGUAUUCUCCAUCUAUUUCAUCAUAUUGACUCUCUUUGGAAACUACACACUGCUGAAUGUCUUCUUGGCUAUCGCUGUGGACAAUCUGGCCAAUGCUCAGGAGCUAACCAAGGAUGAACAAGAGGAAGAGCAGGCCGCCAAUCAGAAACUGGCAUUACAGAAAGCCAAGGAAGUAGCAGAAGUCAGUCCGCUAUCGGCUACCAACAUGACCAUAGCAGCGAAAGAGCAGCAGAAGAACCAGAAAACCGGGAUGUCUGUCUGGGAGCAGCGUACAACCGAAAUACGUCGGCAGAAUUUGGCGAACAGUCGAGAGGCUCUAUAUAAUGAGAUGGAUCCUGAAGAACGUUGGAAGUUGUCUUUCAUGCGUCCAGACGUUAAGACGCAUCUUGACCGGCCACUGGUCGUAGAUCCACAAGAAAACCGUAACAACAACACCAACAAAAGUCGGCCAGGAGAAAGCAAGACGCCUUUGGAGCAGCGUCUUUCUCACCAACGGGCAGAAGACUAUCUGCGCAAACAAGCGCGGUUUCAAGAGCGUGCUAGCCGAGCAUAUGAUAUGGGCCAGGAACCUAGCCGUCGGCCUCGGAGCAAAGAACAGGAAAUUACUCGUGAUGGGCAGGACAUGGGUCUUCAGGACAGGACAGGGGAAGUGGAUGGAGGUGUACGACCACCCCAAGAUCCACCCAGGAGACACAGGGGUGGAGGAAGCAAAGAGAGCAGGAGCGGUUCCCCUCUGCCACGUGGGGACAGCGAUCACCGCAGACACAGGGUGCAUCGCAGAACAGGGGAAGAACAAGAAUAUGUGGGUGGGGGUGGUAGUAGAGGAGGAGGUGGAGGUGGUGGAGGAGGAGAAAGGAGGCCCCGUCAUGCAAGGGAGGGUGGAAGAGCAAGGGAAGUCAGUGGUGGAGGGGAAAGUGAGGGGCCUGAUGGAGAAAGGAGAAGACGGCAUCGCCACACUGCACAAUCCACCUAUGAGAAUGAUGUGAAGAGAGAUGACAGAGAAAAAAGACAUCGGAGAAGGAAGGACCCUAAUGCUCCAGCUCCCAGCUCUGGCCCAAGUCUUUCCACCACGAGACCCAUUCAGGAUCGAUCUCGCCAGGAGAAACAAAGUCAGCAGCCGGAAAACAUGGACAACAUCCGCAACAACAAGCUGGUGACCAAUGAACCCCCAAUGGGGGGAGGAGGAGGCAUCAACCACAGCCCAGCCAAAAUGGGCAAUCACACCAACUGCGCCAAUAACAACAGCGUUCCCACUGUCAAUUCUGCUCCAAGACGGACGCCUCUCCCCACUAAUUCUGGCCCUCCCCCAACUGGACCGGAUCCUGCCCAGACACUCAGCAACCCCACUGACGCCUCCAAAGUGACUAAAACUCUUGAGCAGACCACAGUAGAUAUUACACUGCCUUUGCCUGCCCCAUUAGAGAAUGCUGUCUCACAAGUUAAUAAAACAGUGGCAGUGUCCCCACUACCUCAGAAAGAGGAUGAGAAGAAAGAAGAAGAGGAGGAGGAUGAUGCUGGGAAGGGUCCAAAGCCAAUGCCACCGUACAGCUCCAUGUUUAUUUUAUCAACUACGAAUCCUUUACGUCGACUGUGUCAUUACAUUGUAACCCUUCGAUACUUUGAAAUGUGUAUCUUGCUGGUUAUCGCCAUGAGCAGUAUAGCCCUUGCAGCAGAGGACCCAGUGUUUCCUGAGGCGACUAGAAACAAUGUUCUGCGUUAUUUUGACUACGUAUUCACUGGUGUCUUUACCUUUGAAAUGGUUAUUAAGAUGGUGGAUCUGGGUCUCAUUCUCCACCAGGGAGCCUACUUCCGAGAUCUGUGGAACAUUCUUGAUUUCAUCGUAGUUUGCGGUGCUCUGGUUGCUUUCGCCUUCUCAGGUGGAAGUAAAGGAAAGGACAUCAGCACCAUCAAAUCUCUGCGAGUGCUUCGUGUCCUCAGGCCUCUGAAGACCAUUAAGCGGCUGCCCAAACUGAAGGCUGUGUUUGACUGUGUGGUAAACUCUCUGAAGAACGUCCUCAAUAUCCUUAUAGUUUACAUGCUCUUCAUGUUCAUCUUCGCUGUGGUCGCUGUCCAGCUUUUCAAGGGCAAGUUUUUCUACUGCACAGAUGAAUCGAAGGAAUUUCAGAGAGACUGUAGGGGAGAGUACCUGGUAUACGAGAAGAAUGAAGUGAAGGCACAAAAGCGGGAAUGGAAGAAAUGGGCCUUCCACUAUGACAAUGUGCUGUGGGCACUGCUCACCCUUUUCACUGUGUCUACAGGAGAGGGCUGGCCAGAUGUACUCAGACACUCUGUGGAUGCCACCUAUGAAGAUCAAGGACCCAGGCCAGGAUUCCGCAUGGAGAUGUCCAUCUUUUAUGUCGUUUACUUUGUGGUCUUCCCUUUUUUCUUUGUCAACAUUUUCGUAGCCUUGAUCAUCAUCACUUUCCAGGAACAAGGGGACAAAAUGAUGGAGGAGUACAGCCUGGAGAAAAACGAGAGAGCCUGCAUUGAUUUUGCUAUAAGUGCCAAGCCCCUGACUCGCCAUAUGCCACAAAACAAGCAAAGUUUUCAGUAUCGAAUGUGGCAGUUUGUCGUAUCGCCCCCUUUUGAGUACACAAUUAUGGCGCUGAUUGCCCUGAAUACCAUCGUGUUGAUGAUGAAGUUUCAUGGAUAUUCCAAUACGUAUGAACAAGUGCUGAAAACAUUCAACAUUGUCUUCACCUCCCUCUUCUCUCUGGAGUGUAUACUGAAAAUCAUGGCUUUUGGGGCUUUGAAUUAUUUUCGCGACGCUUGGAAUGUCUUUGAUUUUGUGACGGUUCUCGGCAGCAUUACAGAUAUUGUAGUUACAGAGUUCUGGAACCCGGAUAACUUUAUCAACCUCAGCUUUUUACGUCUGUUCCGUGCGGCUCGUCUCAUUAAACUCCUGCGUCAGGGGUAUACUAUUCGCAUCCUUCUGUGGACCUUCGUCCAGUCCAAAAAGGCGCUGCCCUAUGUCUGCCUUCUGAUUGCUAUGCUGUUCUUUAUUUAUGCCAUUAUUGGCAUGCAGGUGUUUGGCAACAUUGCUCUAGAUGAAGAAGAUGACGACACUGCCAUAACGGAACACAACAACUUCCGGACAUUUUUCCAAGCUCUCAUGCUACUUUUCCGGAGCGCCACAGGAGAAGCGUGGCAUGAAAUCAUGUUGUCUUGUCUUAGUGGGAAGCCCUGUGAUGUCCAGUCAGGCAUUAAGGAGAAGGACUGUGGCAGUGAAUUUGCUUAUUUCUACUUUGUGUCAUUCAUCUUCCUCUGCUCAUUCCUGAUGUUAAACCUGUUUGUUGCUGUCAUUAUGGAUAACUUUGAGUAUCUCACACGUGAUUCAUCAAUUUUGGGUCCUCAUCAUCUGGACGAAUAUGUGCGAGUGUGGGCAGAGUAUGACCCAGCUGCCUGGGGUCGCAUGAAAUACACAGACUUGUAUGAGAUGCUCAGACUUAUCUCGCCUCCCUUGGGUCUGGGGAAGAAAUGCCCUGCUCGAGUUGCUUAUAAGAGGCUCCUUCGAAUGGACCUUCCUGUGGCUGAUGAUAAUACUGUGCAUUUUAACUCCACUCUCAUGGCUCUUAUACGAACUGCAUUGGAUAUCAAAAUUGCCAAAGGUGGUGCGGACAAGCAUCAAAUGGACAAUGAGCUCAGAAAAGAGAUGAUGGCCAUUUGGCCCAAUCUGUCCCAGAAAACACUCGAUUUGCUGGUGACACCACAUAAAUCUACAGACUUAACCGUUGGGAAGAUUUACGCAGCCAUGAUGAUUAUGGAGUACUACAGACAAAGCAAAGCAAAACGGCUACAAGCAUUGCAGGAGGAACAGAACCGAACUCCGCUCAUGUUUCAAAGGAUGGAACCUCCAUCACCCACACAAGAUGGACCAAUGGGACUAAACCCUCUGAUGUCUUCUCAGCCAGGAGGUGAAAUGAAUAUCCCUGAGGGUGGAAUGAAGGAGAGUCAGUCUUGGAUGACGCAAAGAGCACAGCAGAUGUUCCAAAAGACGGGAACAUGGAGUCCAGAGAGGGCCAGAGAACAAGAAAAUACCAACAGCUGGCCAGAUUCCCAGUUGGUGGAGAUGACAGAGAUGAGUCGAGAUGGUUACUCGGACAGUGAGCAAUAUCUUGUGAUAGAAGGGCAUGGCAGAGCUGCCUCAAUGCCACGACUACCUGCUGACAACCAGCUGCGAAGGAAAACCCGGCCCAGAGGGAGUAAUCUCAGUACCAUUGUGGAUGGAAGUCCCAUGAAACGUUCAGCCUCUAUGCUUGGUCAUUCUCGGUCUAAAGGCAUCCGACUAAAUGAAUAUUCAUUGGAGAGGGUCACUACUGAUGAAGGCCCUCGCCAUGGGCACCAGCGCAGAAGAGAAAAGCGGCAUCAAGUGUCUGAGAGAUCCCUAACACGCUAUGUGGAUAUAGAAUCAGGUCUUGGUACAGAGCUCAGCACCACUACACAGUCGUGUGAUCUGCCUUCAGAAGAACGUGGACGUACCCGGGAUCGAAAGCAUCACCACCACCACCACCAUCAUCACCACCACCAUCAUCACCAUCCUGGAUCUGAAAGGGAGCGCCAAGAGUACGGGAGAGCUAGUUCUCGUUCUCCAAGUCCAGAUCGAGAUUACACUCCACACAGACAGGGCAGUAGUUCAGUGGAUGGCAGCCCCGUGCCCUCAACCUCUGGGGCCAGCACACCCCGCAGAGGAAGGCGUCAGCUGCCCCAGCUUCCCCCAACCCCCAGGCCACGUAUUACCUACUCCCCGGUGGUCCGCCGGCCUGCCAGCAUCGGCCCCCCACAGCAGCUGUCCCCUUGCCGAAUGACCACACCCAUACCAAGAAGAUAUCCACAGAGUGACAGCCACAUGAGCAGCAACGAGAGACGGGCCGCUCACAACGACUCUCCUCGACCACACCGCCACACCAGGGGACACUGCUCUGAUGCCCCUCGCGCUGGAUGCAGGCACAGUGGCCCUUACCGGGAUUCCUCCUAUGAGGGACCCCACCCCUGUGACCAGCGCACCUCCAGGACUGCCGACCCCGGGGGGGCACCUCCCCUAUCGCCACAUGGGCGCAGGUUGCCCAACGGCUACUCCCAUGGGACCCCGCGACCCACUAAGUCUCAUCACGAACGUUACAGUGAGAGUGAGGAAGACGACUGGUGCUAAAAAAAAAUAAAAAAAUCUAUAUGUAUA